UCUCUUUCUCACUCCUCCUUCUCUGCUUCCGGCGUGCGCUCCUUCUUCCAACCCCCUCCCUCUGUACCUUUCCUUCUUUCGUUUUCCUUUUAAUCAUUGUAGAAUCCAUUUCCAAUUUGAUGUUCUUCAAGCUGAAUUCGUGUACUGAUUCAAAAUUUGGUGUGUUUUUAUUUCUUGUUUCUAUUUCAGAUUUUCAUAGAAAAGCAGAAACCAUGGCUCGGAUGAGGAAGAAUAACUGUUCUGGGGGAUAUCAGCUGAGGCGUCGCCGGGUGCGUUUUCCCAUUUCUUCCUCUUUCUGUUUCAGGCAAGGGCUCUUUCUCCCACGCCUCCUUCCUUUCCCUGCUUCAGAAACCAGGGCAACGUUGAUGAAGAAGAACCGUUCUAGGAAAUCCCAGCUGAGGCGAUUUCAGAACUUCCUCUUGGAUGCCUGACAUAUAGAAGGGAACAGGAGAAAGAACAUGAUCAAUAUUCAAGCUAGACUCUUUUCAGUUUUCUAUAAACUUGGAUUUUUACUUUCCAUUAUCUGUGUGCCUGACUAAAAUUAAACAAUUUAGAAAAUGGAAAAAUGGGUAACAAAGCAAAGAGAUGAACUAAUUCCUGCUCCAGAGAGUGUAAAGAAGGACAGGGCCGCAGCAGAAGAGAAAGCAAUCAAAUUAGCUGAAUGGAAAGGGCUGAAUGAGCUCCACAAAAAGGAAAUAGCAUGCAGCGAACGUUGCAUUGGUCUUACCCUUGAUGUUUUUGAUGCAGAAGAUCAGAGUGACUUUGCCAGAGCUGAACUUCUUAAGCACUCUAGGAGUGAGUUGUUGGCUGAGAUGGAAAGCGAAAUACAAGCUUUCAUGAAUGCAGGUGGCAGUUCAUGACUUCAGUGUGAUCAGGUUGCUGCUUAUAUUUUAUUGCAACUUCAUUGCAAAUGAUGCCAGACAAACAAGUAUCUUAUUUUAGAUUAUCCCUGUCACAUGCUAAAGUGAUGCUAGAUUGAUUCUAAAUGCUGCAAAGCACUGAGUCACUUUUUUUAAUUUCUUGCAUGGGAUGUGUUUCUUUUUGGAAUAUCUGCCAUAGAUGUUGCUGUUUCAUCCAUGUUGUCUGUUAGUUGAGACAACAAAACAAAAGACAUUGCAAUUGAAGGCCCAGAUGUUAAUCUGGUCAAGAAUCUAGCGGUAUCUGACAAUGUGAUAUUUACCAUUUUUGACAGGUGUUAGACCAGUUUGGCAGCUUGAUGAUUAAAAAAGAUCCAGGGAAUAUGAAAAAAAUGAAUGAACUUCUUGUUUUGGUAUGUGGUAUUUAAUGAGUCCUUGUUAUAAGUGUUCUUCAUUCCUCAUCCAAAUCCAAAUUGCUGUGUUGCCUUGAUAUCCAAGGUUGAUAAACUGCAUGAACUGUUAUGCUUUGAAUUGUUUACAAGACACACUGCAAUCGGUUACAAAGGAUUCCAUAUGUCAUAUGGAAGGCUCUUUUUCUUUUCUGCUUACCAUUAGUCCUUUGUUAACCUUGUUUCAUUUGAUCAAGAGACUAGGAUUUGGUAUAACAAUUAGCUAUAUGGUUUGCAUAAAAAGGAAACAGUUAU